UCGCUGUAAGCCCCGCCUCUUAGAGACCAACAUUAAUAGGUGUCCGGCUGUCACAGUCAACAGGACUGUGACAUUACAGGAGCGAAAAUGAUCAACUGGAAGGCUUUGGACAACGUCCCUCUCCUCUUGUACAUCUUGGCGCUGAAGACGCUGCUGCUGUGUUUGGCGUUUGCUGGGGUGAAGAUCUACCAGAGUAAGAAAGCAGAGGAGGCCCUGAAGAAAGAGCAGGCAGAGAAGAGGAGGCUGGCCCAGCGGACACAAGAGCUCAUUGACAACCUGAAAGAGGACUGAGCAGAGGAGGGGAUGCAACUGUACACAGGGAAACACGUUAUCGAGUGCAGCUACAAGCCACGUUCUCCUAGUAUGAGCCGGAUUCCUGGCAGUCAGCAGCAGCCGGGCCAUUCUGUGCUUCAGGAAACUGACUCCAGUACCAAGACUGGUGUAUUUUUCUACAUCUUGUGUGAAUGUUUGACUGAACCAUGCUUUUAUAAAAUGAAGUUACCACAGAACGCAUGCAGACUCCCAAAACUGAAGCUUAGAUGAGGUACGUUUUUAGAAAAUCUUUUAAAUGGAAACGACUUCAGUGAGCAAAACCCAACAAGCCGUGGUCAUUUACCAAACAUCUGCUCCAUUGUCAGCUCUAUCUGUGUUCUUCACUUUUAUCUUCAGCAAAGGUUCAGACUCUGUAAAGAUGAGUGCAACACUUGAAUGAGCUUUACACCAGGUAGACGUUUGUCAAAGCUGUGUAUUUAUGUGAACACAACAUGACGUGUUCUGUAAAAAUCCUUGUAAAUUAUGAAGAAGCUUUGUGCCUACUUUUUGUAAUACAUUAAACGGUUUGCUCCACAUCA